ACUCCGAGUUCGGGUGUCAGCUGGUUAGCGCUGCUGUUUGACGUUUCGUCGGAAGCAAGCGUCAGGAAUGCGGUGAAUCGUGUUCCGUAGAGUCUGGAGGGAAAAGGAUUCCGUGAAAGACUGUUCUGGUACUUGGCUUCAGCAUGUCUAUUCGAAAGACUGCUGGGUCUGAAGACGGCGAUGAGAGCAAGACACAGAGGUUAUUGGUUGCCCUGCGCAUUCGACCAAUUCUUCCAAACGAGGUGGCCAAGGGUGCAACGUGCGUUGCACACAAGAUAGACGACAAGACGGUGCUACUCGUGGACCCGCAAAGCACCGAGAAUGCAGAGAAGUCGCGAGGCAGCAGUAAAAAGGUCGCCAGCCACAGGUACUCCUUCGAGUGGGUUUUCGACGAGAGGAGUACGCAGGAAGAGCUAUACGAGAAGGUGGGAAAGCCAUUGGUCGAGAACGUUCUUCAAGGGUACAACGGCACAGUCUUCGCCUAUGGCGCAACAGGUGCUGGCAAGACAUACACAAUGGUCGGCAACGACAAAAAUCCAGGUAUGAUGGUACGCGUCUUCGACGAUCUCUUCCAGUUUGCAAAGUACAACCAAGGGGAAACUCACACUAGCAUCGUGAUAUCUUACAUGGAGAUCUACAACGAAAACAUCCGAGACUUACUCAAUGCUUCCAAUACGUGCCUGGAGCUACGCGAAGACCCUACGGGAGGCAACCAGGUGGUUGGACUGUCCGAAAUUGAAGUCACAAACUCCGCUGAGGUCCUCAGGCUACUCCAGAAGGGCAACAAGCGAAGGACGGUGGAGCCGACGGCAGCCAAUCAGACAUCGUCCCGGUCUCACGCCCUGCUUCGCGUUUCUAUUCGCCAGUCCAGCAGGGAUCCCAGUGACGUAGACGUGACGCAACACAGAGUCGGUAAACUCUUCAUGGUCGAUUUGGCAGGAUCCGAGAGGGCGUCGCAAACGCAGAAUACCGGGAAGAGGCUAAAAGAAGGUGCUCACAUCAACAAAUCUUUACUGGCGUUAGGGAACGUUAUCAAUGCAUUAGCCGUGAGAAAUCCGAAAUAUGUCAACUUCCGGGACAGCAAAUUGACCCGCCUGUUGAAAGAAGCCCUCUCCGGGAACUGCAAGACAGUCAUGAUAGCCCACGUGGGACCAGACACGACACACUACGACGAGUCACGCAACACUCUCGUGUUCGCCGACAGAGCCAAGAACAUCACAAACAAGGUUCGAAGCAACAUGGUGGACGUUACGCAUCACGUGAAGCAGUACCAGUCCAUCAUUACGGAACUCCGGCAGGAGAUCCAGAAACUCCAAGAUAAGAUAGAGGAGAAUGAGGCUAUCAGUGCGAUGAGGGACGCAGAGACGUCGCCGGACAUCAUCGACAACGGUACCUCUGAUGAAGACCACGUGACAGAUACUAACGCUAACGAGGACGAGGACGAAAACGUGGAGCAAGUUGUGGAAGAAACAGAGAAAGUUGAUGCUGACAAAGAAAUGCGUGAACUUCGAGGAGCCCUCAUUGAAUCAUUCAAUAAGCAGAUGGAAGUCAGGAGAAAAAUGAUGGAAAUUGACAACUGCCUUUUAGCCCUGAGUACUGACCUGGAAAAACUCAGUAUCAUAAUUAAUCAAUGGGAAACUGAAAAGGUGAAAUUUGAAGACGGCGAUAGUCAAGCUGAGGAAGAACCAGAGCACGUACGCCAAGCAUGGGAGGACAUUGAGUUCAUUCAGGGAGAACAACAGAAGUUCUUGACCUUAAGAGAAGACGUCGAAAAAGAGUUUGAAGAAGCUCGCGAGAGAACAUAUAAGCUGACGGAGAGUUUGCCCAACGUCGUCAGUUCUGAGGACCAGCGGGAGCUGUUGCGGCUGUUGACGCAGGUUCAUAAGCUGGAAGUUGAAAAAAUCGAAAUGCAAACGGAUCAACUCAUUCGCGAGCACGAGCUGAGGCAGAGAGACCUCAUGAUUGUACGGUACGAUAGGCAACGACUCCUCUGUGACGAAAUCAUAGGAAAGCAGAAACUUCUCAUCAACGAAUUGUCUUCUGGCAUGAGACGGCGGAAAGCCCGAAAUUCUCAGGCAGCGAGAGAACUCAACGAACUGUACAGGAUAUACCAGCAAGAAAUUCAAGACUUGGCUUCGGGAAGGGACUCUGUUAUGAAACACCUGAACGUUAAUCCAUACAGGCCAAACUCUGUGCUGGGACUCCGGCCACUGGGGUCGAGUGAAAGCAUGUGGGACCUCACGCAUAUGGAACCACUACGAGAAGAAGACGACAAAAUGGACCAGCAAGGUGUACCUUUAUCAAGCCAAAGCGACAACGGCACUUCCCACCACGUCUCUAGAACCAACGGGGACCUGGCUUCCAGAACCGUUCCUUCGCUCCAUCCUUCGAAUCACGUUAACUCGCACAGCCUAUCAGAGCCCACGACGCCCGGGAGCCGGCUGACGUCACGGCUGCCACCAGUGGAGGUGACCAAUUACGUGAGCCGAAGGGACGACAUUGAAGCCAGCACCAGGAAGAUCUCGAGCUUGGCAGCACAGAGGAGGUCACUGAGGACAGCAGAGCACGGGCCAGACCGUUGGGAAUCCGUAAGUGACACGCCACAAGUGCGGAGGUACGUCGGAGGUGGUCUAUCGUCCGUGGACUCCAGGGGACGAUUACGGAGUAGGGAUUCCAGGAGAGACUCGGUGGAGCUUCUGCCUCAUUUAGAAGAUACGUACACGAGGACGAAUCGGAAAAAAGAUGUGUUACGGACUCCUCUGUACGGACGCAAGAGGAGCACUUCCGAAACCAAGUCUCCACGACGUAGAAGGAUAUCCCUGGAAGACGUCCUCAGGUUUUAUGUGGAACGGUAAGGGGACAGACCCUGAUGGACCUGUGAUGGUGAUGGGUGCGGAAUCCUUGAACAUCGCUCGAGCAAUACACGAUCCUGGUGCAAGGAAGAAACUGUUUUCCAACGUGGUCAAAGUAAAAGGCUGAUGUUGAACUGA